CCGAUGACAUCGCCGUGGGAAUGAUGCGGAGAUCACAGAUCGGUUUGCUCAGCAGGCUGCUGCUGUUGCUGCUGGUGGUGGAACUGACGCCCCCUGCUAUUCCGGUGCCCAUGCGAUCCUCACCCCAAUCGCUGGCCCUACUGCGAGCACGGGAUCAGUGCGGCAGGGAGCUGACUGCUGCCCAGCGUCUGCAGCUGGACAGGAUGCAAUUCGAGGAUGCUGCCCAUGUGCGUCACUAUCUCCAUUGCUUCUGGUCACGGCUGCAGCUCUGGCUGGAUGAGACCGGAUUCCAGGCACAGCGCAUCGUUCAGAGUUUCGGCGGCGAGAGGCGUCUCAAUGUGGAGCAGGCACUGCCAGCCAUCAACGGGUGCAAUGCGAAAACGAGCUCCAGAGGAUCGGGCGCUCAGACAGUGGUCGACUGGUGUUUCCGUGCCUUUGUCUGCGUGCUGGCCACUCCAGUCGGUGAGUGGUACAAGCGCCACAUGUCCGAUGUCAUCAAUGGGAAUGCCUAGAAAUAUGUACAUAUACAAUUCUAGCUAUUGUGACAUAGCUAAAUAUAUAGACAAAUGAAUAAAAGUUGCAAGAAAACACGGAUUG